AUGUGUUCAAAUCUCACCAUUAAGUGCAAACACUUGCAAAAAAAUAUAAAAAAAUUAAAGAAAAUAAAAAUUCAUGUUUUUUGACUCAUCAAGAUUUUUCAUAGGUCAUAUGAUCACAUUUCAGUCCUAGGGUUAUGAACAAGCAACUAUAAUGAGAAGAGUUGAGAAAAUUUUCAAGGCUCAAAGACUCUAGGUUAUCAAGAGUCUCCUCUCUCCAAAGUGUAAGGGUAAAUCAACACUAUUGAUUGCAUGCACAUACACUAUAGAAAAUACUUGUUCCUCUAAUAACUAUAACAUUUCUAAUUCCUCAAACAAAAAGGUCUAAGAGUGUUGUUGCAUCAACUUAAUGAAUAUUCUAGGUCUUGUUAACAUUAUGCUUGUUUCUACUUUGCUGGUUUCUAACAUUAUAGUGGUUUCAACCUUCCUUUUCAACAAUUGUGAAUCAACGCACUUUACGUGAUGACACUUUUAAAACCAGAUCAUUGCUAACACACUAAUGUUUUUCUUUAAUCAUAAUUGAUAAAUGGUACUAAGGUAGUUAUCAUUUAAAUUAUUAUUCUGAAGUUAAAUUAGGCUUUCUAUUCAAUAGGGUUUGACUCAUGAUGUGAAAGUUUUGUUCAUAUCACAAAGAAGCUAAAUUAUAGGUCAUGUAGCCUAGUUGACUUCUUGGAUGUAGAUUAAGUGUAUCAACAUGUUUAUACAUUGAUAUUAGGGUUCAGCCACUCUGCUCUCUAUAUUGAAUAUUAGUCAAAAUAAUUUCCGUAGAGUUCUCUCAUAAUAUUAGAAUACUAAUUUUUAUAUUCACGAUGAGGUUAUGGACAGUGAGUACGAAAAAAAUGUAACUUAUAAUAUUCACUUUGAAGGAAAAUAAUCACUAGUUAUGUAAGUUGAUUAGUGAAUUAUAACGGAAAAACACAUUUUAUUUAAUACAUUUCAAGAUAAUGUCCCAUGAUUUCAAGAUAACUAUAUUUACUGAUUUAGUGUAGAAUAUUUUAUUUUAAAAUUUUAAGGAGCAUAGAUUUCAUUAUCUUUUUUUCCCAGUAUGUGAAAUAUUCCAUGGAGUCUAUCUGCACAAGAAAUAUUAACGUAGUUCGGUACACGGACAACAACUUACUAAUCUCCGAUGGCCAUGCUGAUAAUGGGUACGAGCUCAUCUACCCAAUAAAGACAAUCAAUAGCGGGAUGUUGGAGUUAUGAAGAGGUGCCGUCAUCCCGGGAGAGAAAUUAGUGCUGUGUACUGAGAGAGAGAGAGAGAGAGAGAGAGAGAGGAGAGGUGGUUCCAAGUCCAUGCCGAUCAUCGUCAUGCUGUGGUCCUCGACCACAUUUAUGGGAUCACUGUUCUUGAUUUUUGGUCGAGAUCUGAGACAGUGCAGACGCCGGCGGAGGAGUCGAGUUAGACGUGCCCAACAAAGACGACGAAGGUGGUGGAGUAUACCUCAAAUCGCCACGAGAUGCCGCCGCAGGGAGGAGCCGACACCUAUCAGCUAUCUGUCUGGUCGACGAACAGGCGCGCGCCCACAUCCCCGAGCUUCAUCCUGGUUUUCCUCUGAUCCAUCCCGAAUUCCUCGGCUCAGACAACUUCCCCCGCUAA